AUGAGAGGUCAGGACUCUAGGAGAUCAGGAGGUACCCAGGGCCAUGAGGAUUCAGGCCACUCACAUAAGAGGAGCCGCACUGAAAGGCUAGUAAUGAGCCAAAUGGAAGCAAUGAAGAGGUUCAUGGUGAUGCAGCCUCCAUCUUUUAAUGGAGAGCCCAGUACUGAAGCAGCUGAGCAUUGGUUGAGGAGAAUGAGAAGAAUUCUGGUGGGACUGGACAUACCUGAGGAAAGAAGGGUAGGUCUGGCAACAUAUAUGCUUGUUGAUAAAGCUGAUUUCUGGUGGGAAUCAAUGAAAAGGGUGUAUGACACUGAGGUUAUGACCUGGGAGGAAUUUGAGAGAAUCUUCCUAGGCAAGUAUUUUGGGGAUGUGGCUAAGCAUGCCAAGAGGAUGGAGUUUGAGCACCUCAUCCAAGGAACCAUGUCGAUGCUAGAGUAUGAGUCACGUUUCUCAAAGUUGUCUCAUUUUGCUUUGGGGUUGAUCAGUGAGGAAGGAGAAAAGGCUAGGAGGUUCUAG